GUGGUUUGGUUUUGGUGGCGUUAGAGGAGUCAAUAUAACAGCAGAAGAAGGGGAACGUGUGACUGUUUAUAUUUUCCUAUAAAAUAUGUUUAAAUUGGGAGGAAAAUCCUGUUACCCGCUAAAUUUGUGCAAAGUGAAGUGACAAUUAUUAUAUGAUUAAUUGGAUUGUUAAAAUCAGUGGUUGAAUUAAGAAUGAUGUCUAUUCUCCUACGUGAUUUUUAGUGUGUCAAUCAUGGCCGCCUGAAAAAUUUGAUUGUCAACAUUUCCUUUUGGAAAGAAAAUAUUACUUAAAAAAAUGUACAGGCACUUGUUCAAUUUUUAAGUGGUUCUCGAAUUAUAUAAGUCUGUAGACUAAAUAAAAACCAUGGCAGAAUCUAACAACCAAAGGAUUCCAAAAAUUAUGGUUUUCCGGCCCACUUGGGAGGAAUUUAAGGAUUUUUCUAAUUAUAUAAAGCACAUGGAAUCAAAAGGGGCCCAUAAAGCUGGUCUAGCAAAGGUGAUACCUCCACCAGAAUGGGUUCCUCGCAAAUCUGGGUAUAAUGUAGAAGACCUCAAUUUGACAAUCCCAGCUCCUAUAUGCCAAGUCGUGACCGGAAAACAGGGAUUAUAUCAACAAAUAAACAUCCAAAAAAAGUCAAUGACCGUACAGCAGUAUAAAGAAUUGGCAAAUUCAGAACGAUAUGCUACCCCUAGACAUUUUGAUUACGAAGAUCUUGAACGAAAAUAUUGGAAAAAUAUAACUUACGUUGCUCCAAUCUAUGGAGCUGAUGUUUCUGGUAGUAUAACUGAUGACGACGUCCAUGAAUGGAAUAUAAAUAGACUGGGAACUAUAUUAGAUUUUGUUAAUGAGGAUUAUGGUAUAUCAAUAGAAGGAGUCAAUACUGCUUAUUUAUACUUUGGAAUGUGGAAAACUACAUUUGCAUGGCAUACAGAAGACAUGGACCUUUAUUCCAUCAAUUAUUUACAUUUUGGUGCACCAAAAACUUGGUAUUCAGUUCCUCCAGAACAUGGCAGAAGAUUAGAAAGGCUUGCUAACGGAUUUUUUCCUGGUUCUUAUAAGACUUGUCAGGCUUUUUUGAGACAUAAAAUGACCUUGAUUUCUCCACAGAUAUUAAAACAGUAUUCAAUUCCUUAUAAUAAGAUAACUCAAGAAGCAGGAGAAAUUAUGAUAACAUUUCCUUAUGGUUAUCAUGCAGGUUUCAAUCAUGGUUUCAAUUGUGCCGAAUCAACAAAUUUUGCUCAAGAACGAUGGAUUGAGUAUGGAAAAAGAGCUUCGCAAUGUACCUGUAGCAAAGACAUGGUUAAAAUUUCCAUGGAUACCUUUGUAAAAAGGUUUCAACCAGAUCGGUAUGAUAUGUGGUUGAGAGGGGAAGAUAUUGGGCCUCAUCCAGAAGAACCAGACAAGAAAGUUGCCGCACCUUUGCCUAUGCCUCAAGACAUUUUGUGUAACAAAAACAACCCGUCCUUGCCACAAAGCUAUUUGGAAGUUCCGAAAAAAGGUCGAAUAAAAGGAGGAAAAAUGGGAUUCAAUCAGGGUUUUAAUAUAUCAGAAUUCCCAGCUGCAUUACAACUGGAAUUAAUGGAAGAAGACAACAUGCCUUUUGGAACAGAAGAACUACCACCUGAUGAACAACAAUUAGAAGUCCUUGAAGAUAUUUGGCUCAAAGCUGGAGAAAUAGAAGCUGAAGAUGCUAGCGUUUGCGAUGCAGGUUAUAAUGUGAAGAAAAGUCGAAAAUAUUUUCAAAAGAAACGCCAAAAAGAAAAGCUGAAAAACAAAAAGAAAGCAGGCGAGGAUCCUGAAUGGGCACCAAGGAAAGAGUAUGAAAGCAUGUCCAACGAACUUACAGGUCUGUAUGCCCCUUGUGAGAGAAAAGAUAAGAAAGUAUGCGGAAAAAUUGUGAAACCGAUUGAGGAACAGCUAUAUAAAGAAGAGCUAGUUAAAUCAAUACUUGCUGAAGAAAAAAGUCUGGUUAUGAAACCUAAGAAAAAGCAUAAGCACAAGAAUAAGCACCAUGGCCAUAAACAUAAGAAACGCAAACAUUAUCCAUUAGAAGAUGGUGUGGUAGAAUUAUCUGAUCCUUGCAAAUUGGAAGAACAACCUCCUAAUCCUGAAGUGAAGCAAGAAAUUGACAACAUUAUCCGUGCUGCAGCAGAAGAACAUGAAAAGUCUUUACUUGAUGAAUCUGGAAAAUGUGACCAAAAGCCAAUAUCCUUUCCCCAGCUAGUUUCCUCACCACAGCCAAUCUUGCCUUCACAAAUCCCUUCAGCUCCUAAAACAAAUCUAAAAACAUAUAGAAAGCCCAAAGAAAAACCAAAAUUAUUAACAAGUAAUAUAGAAACUAUAAAAACAUCCAAAGGUAUUAUAACAGUUUUGGCUUCAAAUCCAUUGAUGAGUAAACCGAAAAUGGAGCCUAUUAGACCAGUUUCUCUAACUGCUCCACUUUCUUCUAACAAAUAUGAGAAUGCUUUUCUAAAAUUUCUGAACAAAAGGGAAGAAAAACCAGUUGAAAUAAAUUUCUCAAAUAAAUCUACAAAACUGGUUGAUAAGUUAUCUCAUAGUAAAGUAGCACCUAAUGUAUCUGAUACAUUAUCAUCACUACCAAGAGAUAUAAGAGUAGUAACAAAUUCUGCAUUAUUAACUAACAAUACAAGUACAGACAAAGUUCUCUUACCUGAAAACACAACAAAUGGUGAUGCUCCUGGACAGUUGCCAAUAACUGCUUCGGUAGGAAGUAACAUUGUGGAAACAAGUUUGAAUAUUAAUAAAGAUGCCUUUAUAAAGCCAUUCACACCACAUGUUACAGGGGCAUCUUCAGAAAUAGUUAGUGUUGUAACUAUAGAUAACUCUUCGCUGGAUGCAGUACUACCUAAUUUAAGUCAACUAGGUAGCUCAACAGCUGCCAGUUCAAUACCUAUUCUCGGUUUAGGGCAACCUCUACAUUUUAAAGAUACAUCUGGAGCUAUUGGAUCUAGUGAUUCAAAAAUAAAAAGUGUCAUUGUACAACAAAUGCCAGAGCUAACUGUUCCAGAACUGCGAGAACCUUUCAUGAUGCAUGAACAAAUGCCUGAACUCAACCCAGCAUCACCUGUUAUUGCCCAAACUAGUAAUGGCACUAGUAAAAUGGAUUCAAAUAAUGUUCCCGGAUUGUUGAACGUGUUUUCGGUGAGCAUGGAGAAAACACCUGUAGGUGCAUUACAAGAAGUAGAGCAACCAAUUCUAGACCCCUCCCCACCCAAAAAGUACAAACCUAAUCUUAUUUGGAGCAACCAUAAGUACUAUACAAUUAACCAGUGCGCUGAAACGAUAUACAGUAAUCGAGAUAGAUUUUAUCCUAUGAGCCACGCACCUAUAUCUUUAGAUAAUGAGAACAAAAAGGUUAUCGUUGAACAUCUCCCAGUUGAAAGGACUAGUAGAAUAUCCUCUUUGGAGUGUGGCAAUUUGAAAGAGCUCAAUACAGUGGCAGAAAACAAGUUGAAAAGUGAAGUUAAAGAUGGUAACGGUGAACCCAUUAGUGAUACUAGCUCACCUAGUUCUUUUGAUUCCUCUACAUCAUCUGAUUCUUCUUCUACUAACAGCGAUGCCGACUCUGAUGCAAACAAUGAGCCCAUUGAAAGUGAAUCUUCGUAUUAUAGUCCAAAUGUAAAAGACAGUGAAUUCUCUUACUCAUCCUCUGAUGAUGAUAUUCGAAUGAAGAAACGUCGUAAACAUAUGAUUGUGUCAGAGUCUAAGUUUGAAAGACAUUUUCAAAAAACUGCAAAAUGUUUAGACAAUAAUAAGAAAAAUGCAUAUGUAACAGAAGAAGGCAUGAAGGAAAAUAUCAAAGCCGAAAUGAAGAGGAAAAGAAAUCCAGAGGAGCAAAAACCACACAGUAAAAAAGUCAUACCAUUCGUCAAGAAACUACCUGCAAAGAAAAAUAAUUUGAAAGACUCCAAACUGUCCAGGAAAUAUGAUAAAAAACCUGUUUCGAAACAAGGUCGCAUUAUCAAACGCAGACCCUCUUUAUCCAAAAUGAUCCUGGGUGUUAGGAGAAGAGGCCGACCAAAAAAAGAUGACCAACAUAAAUUUUCCCUUAUCAAAAGUAUGCUGAAUGACUACAGAAGACUUUUUGACUUUACUCCCUCUGAGGGGCCUCACACAACAGAUCCCAAUGCACCCUUAAGCAAAUAUUUGUCAUAUAAAAAAGCAAGUUUGACUCCGUUGGAGUGCUAUGUCGAAACAAAAAAUGUUUUUGACAACUUCAGCAAAGAUAUUCAGGAGUAUUUAUUGUCCGGUUUAACCUUAUUCAAUGUAAAUUCAAUUCCUAUAGCCCAAACUAAUUCUACUUCCUUUACUAACAUCAAGGUCAUGGAUAAGAACAAAUUGGAAUCAACAAAAGAAAGUAGCAAUAUCAAUCAAGGGCAGCAAUUGAAAAUAGACCAAGUUGUAUGGGCAAGACACAAAAAUGGAAGGUAUUAUAAAUCAAAAAUUGUCGACAUCAAAUUUGAUUCGCAGAUGUGUGUUUUUUUUCCUGAGGACCAGAGCUUUUCAAAGGAUAUUAAGCUGAGUGAUAUUGUUGACUGGGAAAAAAUGAAAACUCCAAUAAUAGGACAGAGACUGCAAAUUCGGUGGAUAGACGGGAAAGUAUAUGAUGCUGAUUUUAUUGGAAAAAUGGACACUUAUACCUUUAUCGUCUUAUUUGAAGAUGAAUCAAAAAAUCAUCUCCAAAGGGAGUACAUAUAUGGUUUGAAAGAGCCCAUACCAAAAAGAAUCCUUUCAAAAAUGUCUUAUGCUAGUGAUAUGAAAAACCGCGAUCACCUCUACGAUUUAGAAAAGCCGCUACCUGAGAAACGACCUGUCAAGAGGAAAGUAUUCAGAUAUACAAAAUUGUUAUAGACGUAAUUGAAAAAAAAAUGUUUGAAGACUGAUUUUCUCAGAAUAGUUCGUACAUCUUUUUUACAAAAUUAAAUAUGAAGGUGAAAGAACUUGUAUAUAAAGGUUUCAUUAUUUAUAAUACUUCAAUCUACAUUAGGUUUUGUGAUUUCCUAAAUUUAGUAUUUGUAUCAUGAUUGACAAUGUUUAACAUUUUCACUGUAAUUCACCUUUUUUUUUAUCUUAGGUCAACAUAAUUUUCUAAGUGUGUGUGUAUGAUAAAAUUGUAUUUAUUUUAUUUGAUCAUGUAAAUACAAAGAUUAUAUUAUGUUAUUAACUAGUUUCUGUAUAAAAAAUAGAUAAAAACAAGUUGUGUCAGAAGAUUGAAAUGAUUAAAGAAUAUGUUCACAUUAUUUGUUGAAGUAAUUUUCAAUAUUUUAGCAAAAAUUUUUCUAUGAGCCAUAGACAAUAGAUAAUUACUAAUACUAUUAUCAAAAUAGAACAUACAUGACAUCAAUUUGGCAAGCAAUGAUUUGUUUUAUAUUAAAAAAUUUCAAUAGA